CGGCUGUCCUUGACGGUGCUCUGUGGCAGAGCAGAGCACUGUAGUGCUGGGUUGUGCAGGAGGAAGCAAGCAGCCAGUUUUUGCCCAGUGGAUACAUACUGUUCUGUCUCUUUCAACGCUGCUGCCGUUACCCGGGAUACGCAGUUGGCCUGCCGUGCUGCCAGGGGAGACGAGGGCCGAUGCCAGUCUGCCAUGUCGACUGAGUGCCAACCUAAAGGGAACGCGUUUUAAAGGUGAGCUGCACUGCCUUUACCGCCCGGACUGUUUACCUUGUUGUUGUCUCGAUUUAGAUCUUGUUUUCUCUCCGCCCUGCUAUGCUAUCAUCUCUAUUUCUGCCUCUCUCUUACCAUCUCUGUUCUCCUCUCUUAUCCUCUCUCCAUCUCUCGCUCCUCUUUCUCUCUCCCUCUCCCUCGCCCUCUCUGAGCCUGUCAGCCCUAUCCCCUGACAAUGAUUUUUGUUGUUGGAAACAAACCCCCUCUUUUGGGAGCAAGCUGUGCUUGCUUUGGGAUGUGUUUGUCUCGUUUGGUGCGGUCACUCAAGCCAAGGCAUCCCCAUCCUCACUGACUAGAGAGCUUAUUAGAUAUUCAGCUGCACUGACCAAUGUAGUUCUGUCUGGGUUGUUGUCAGGCUAUGAAAGCUACUGUUCACAGUUUUCCUUCACUCCCCUCGUUUGGUUUCUCCUGAGGUACAGUGGGGAGAACAAGUAUUUUACACACUGCCGAUUUUGCAGGUUUUCCGACUUAUAAAGCAUGUAGAGGUCUGUAAUUUUUAUCAUAGGUACACUUCAACUGUGAGAGACGGAAUCUAAAACAAAAAUCCAGAAAAUCACAUUGUAUGAUUUUUAAGUAAUUAAUUUGCAUUUUACUGCAUGACAUAAGUAUUUGAUCACCUACCAACCAGUAAGAAUUCCGGCUCUCACAGACCUGUUCGUUUUUAUUUAAGAAGCCCUCCUGUUCUCCACUUACCUGUAUUAACUGCACCUGUUUGAACUCGUUACCUGUAUAAAAGACACCUGUCCACACACUCAAUCAAACAGACUCCAACCUCUCCACAAUGGCCAAGACCAGAGAGCUGUGUAAGGCCAUCGGGGAUAAAAUUAGACCUGCACAAGGCUGGGAAUUAGACCUGCACAAGGCUGGGAUGGGCUACAGGACAAUAGGCAAGCAGCUUGGUGAGAAGGCAACAACUGUUGGCGCAAUUAUUAGAAAAUGGAAGAAGUUCAAGAUGACGGUCAAUCACCCUCGGUUUGGGGCUCCAUGCAAGAUCUCACCUCGUGGGGCAUCAAUGAUCAUGAGGAAGGUGAGGGAUCAGCCCAGAACUAUGCGGCAGGACCUGGUCAAUGACCUGAAGAGAGCUGGGACCACAGUCUCAAAGAAAACCAUUAGUAACACACCACGCCGUCAUGGAUUAAAAUCCUGCAGCGCACGCAAGGUCCACCUGCUCAAGCCAGCGCAUGUCCAGGCCCGUCUGAAGUUUGCCAAUGACCAUCUGGAUGAUCCAGAGGAGGAAUAGGAGAAGGUAAUGUGGUCUGAUGAGACAAAAAUAGAGCUCUUUGGUCUAAACUCCACUCGCCGUGUUUGGAGGAAGAAGAAGGAUGAGUACAACCCCAAGAACACCAUCCCAACGUGAAGCAUGGAGGUGGAAACAUCAUUCUCUGGGGAUGCUUUUCUGCAAAGGGGACAGGACGACUGCACCGUAUUGAGGGGAGGAUGGAUGGGGCCAUGUAUCGCGAGAUCUUGGCCAACAACCUCCUUCCCUCAGUAAGAGCAUUGAAGAUGGGUCGUGGCUGUGUCUUCCAGCAUGACAACGACCCGAAACACACAGCCAGGGCAACUAAGGAGUGGCUCCGUAAGAAGCAUCUCAAGGUCCUGGAGUGGCCUAGCCAGUCUCCAGACCUGAACCCAAUAGAAAAUCUUUGGAGGGAGCUGAAAGUCCACAUUGCCCAACGACAGCCCCGAAACCUGAAGGAUCUGGAGAAGGUCUGUAUGGAGGAGUGGGACAAAAUCCCUGCUGCAGUGUGUGCAAACCUGGUCAAGACCUACAGGAAACGUAUGAUCUCUGUAAUUGCAAACAAAGGUUUCUGUACCAAAUAUUAAGUUCUGCUUUUCUGAUGUAUCAAAUACUUAUGUCAUGCAAUAAAAUGCAAAUUAAUUACUUAAAAAUCAUACAAUGUGAUUUUCUGGAUUUUUGUUUUAGAUUCCGUCUCUCACAGUUGAAGUGUACCUAUGAUAAAAAUUACAGACCUCUACAUGCUUUGUAAGUAGGAAAACCUGCAAAAUCGGUAGUGUAUCAAAUACUUGUUCUCCCCACUGUAUAUAUCCUCCUGAAGUCUGUUGCAACAUUUAGCAAUCCUCUGAAAGUGAGAUAUUUAACUCUAAAAGGUAGGAACAUAAUGUGUUCUAUGCAUUUAUUUUUCUCUUUCUUCUGGGUAUGUGUAUCUUUCAAAAUACCUGCCUCUCUAUCUCUCUUUCCCUCUCUCCUCUCCCCCUCUUUUUCUCUCUCUUCCUCCAUCUCUCCAUCGUCCUCCUCUUCCUUCUAUCUCUCUUGGUGCCACGUGAGAGAGUGUCUGUCUUCCCCCAGGGUUUUUUGUAUUGUUCCUAACACGUUAACACACAGAUGGGACAUGGUGUGUUCACACAGCCUAACGAGCAGGCCCCUCUCAUCAUGUCCCCUCUCAUCAUGUCCCCUCUCAUCAUGUCCCCUCUCAUCAUGUCCCCUCUCAUCAUGUCCCCUCUCAUCAUGUCCCCUCUCAUCCACCCCAGUAUCUAUAUUUGCACAUCAUCUUCUGCACAUCUAUCACUUCAGUAUUAAAACUAAAUUGUAAUUAUUUAGCACUAUGGCCUAUUUAUUGCCUUACCUCCAUAACUUACUACAUUUGCACACACUGUAUAUAGAUUUUCUAUUGUGUUUUUGACUGUACGUUUUGUUUAUUCCAUAUGUAACUCUGUGUUGUUGUUGUUUUUAUCGCACUGCUUUGCUUUAUCUUGGCCAGGUCGCAGUUGUAAAAGAGAACUUGUUCUCAACUGGCUUACCUGGUUAAAUAAAGGUGAAAUAAAUAAAAAAUAUAAAAUAAGAUACUGCAACUAAUGGGGAAAGAUACACUGUCCUUAUAAACCAUGACACCCCAUAGGACUGUGUCAUUGCAGUCUGAAAUGUCUUCCUUUCCUAGUUUCCUUUCAUUCAUGGACACUGACCUGUGAGGACUCAAUUGGUUAGAGAAAUAUAAUGAAGUUAUAUCCUAUUGUUUCACCUAUCAGUUAUCAUGGAAAGGUUAGAAGGAAAUGAAGCAUUGCUUGGACUAAACAUAAGGUAGUGGAGUAGUAGUUGUGGACAUUGUAUAAUGGUACAUGAAGUUGUCUAGGACUGAGCUCUUGUUAUAGGCCACGUUCCUCCAACUGUCUGGCCCCAUGACCGUCACUCAGCCCCUAAACCUGUCUCUGUCUGCAGGAACUGAUUAGGCCAUAUAUCGCACCCCUCCCUUCAUCCAUCAUCCCUCCCUUCUCUGACCCCGUUGACUCCUCCUCAAGAGGGUGACUGGUUGUACGGCUUCAUCGAACCUCUGAGAAGCUGGCUGUUCUCAUUAUCGUUAUAUCACACAGGGUUAGAGUGUGUGUGUGUGUGUAUGUGUGUGUGUAUGUGUGUGUUCGUAAGGCCAUUAUCGUUGAUAUCGUCAUCAUCCAAGUAUGUGUGAGUCUGUCUUGUGAUUUCUUUAUCGUCAAGGUUUAGUGUGCGUGUGUGCACGUGCCCACGCACGUGUGAACCAACGUUUGUCAUAUAUAUUGAGACCAUUCCCUGGAGGCAGACACAGUCUAUUGCCUCCACACUCAUUCUCUCCUCACCCUAGUUUUAUGUCCCUGUAAGUCAUCCAUGCUGGGAUGCUCGGUCUUGGGACCAGGGUAUGAACGCGUGCUGUGUGUGUUGAGUGUGUGAGAGCAUAUAUCUCUAUAUAUGUGUGUGUGACAAUCUGUGUCCUGUCCACACCUCAUGCAUGUUUUAAGGAACCAUGUUCUGGCAAAGAGGCCACCCCAUAGAUUUGUUGUAAUGAGGGGUCAUGGGGUCAUGAGAGGAAGUGGGUUGAGGUCUGGGCUGCCUAAAUUGCAUCCCCCAGAAUCGACUGUUAGCCCCCACUCCUUUCCCACAUAGCAUCAGAGUGGGGCAAUGUUGAGACAUUCCCUCAGACAUCCCGCCAGGGAGGGAAGGCAAUGACAUUAUUUUUCCCAAACAAAUUACACGACAUGAUAAGUUUGAACCAAAAUCACAUAUUCUAGCAGAUUUCAUAUGAAGUAUCUUUCACCUUUUAAAGGUGGACUUCAAGCAGAUUUCAUAUGAAGUAUCUUUCACCUUUUGAAGGUGGACUUUAGAAUUUUGGCAAAUAAGCAUUUAUCUACUUCGCCAGAGUCAGAUGAACUCGUGGAUACCAUUUUUAUGUCUCUGCGUGCAGUGUGUAUCCCUUUAAACCAUCAGUAAAGCAGUGUGUAUCCAUUUUUACAUUUUAGUCAUUUAGCAGACGCUCUUAUCCAUAGUGCAUACAUUAUUAUUAUUGUUUUUUCAUACUGGCCCCCCGUGGGAGUCGAACCCACAACCCUGCCGUUGCAAACGCCAUGCUUCACCAACCGAGCUACAUCCCUGGACAACGCUGGGCCAAUUGUGCGCCGCCCCAUGGGUCUCCCGGUCGCGGCCGGCUACGACAGAGCCUGGAUUCGAACCAGGAUCUCUAGUGGCACAGCUAGCACUGCGAUGCAGUGCCUUAGACCACUGCGCCACUUGGGUAUCCCUUUAAACCAUCAGUACAGCACAUCCUCCUAUUCAAUCAUCUGCUGUCUGUACUGCUACGGCUCACUAGCUAGUUGGUUUAUGGAGGAUGAUGCUCUGCUCAUCACUGUCUUUCUCCUCAUCUCAGUCAUCUGCUGCACUACACUACAGACAGGAAGUUCCCUGCUAUUAACCCCCCCCCCUCUAUCUCUCCUCUGGGUGUGUGUGUAUGUGUGUGUGACUGUUGUAUCUGACACACACACAGCUCUAUCUCUGGGCGUUUCCUCUAGGUGAUGUACUGCAACACCCUGCACUGUCAGGAAUCUCUGUGCGUGUCCCUUUCCUCUCCCCCUCUCCACAACAAGAGGGUGGAUUGAUACACUAACUUUGAUGCACAGUUCUUACUAGCAGAGGUUAUCGAAUGGAUGACUCGAAUGGAUGACUCAUACAAUAAAAAGCACUUUAGGAUGUAUUUAUUUCCAGACAAUAUUAGUCAUCUCUUUUAAGUGUUGGAUCAUGGAGCUGUAAAAUGAUUCCUUCAUUAGGAUAACAUUGAUGUUUUCAUCCCACUUUUGUAUGUUUACUUGCCCUUUUAGUCUAUUUAUUGAUGUCUGUCUUUUCAAAUACAGGACUUGUCUUUGUAUUCCGUAUGUUUUCUGUCUUACUGGGACUCACACUUACACGCACGCACAGAGCGCAUUCGCCCUCCUCCCACACACACAUAUUACUGUGCUGUGCUAACCAUGCUGCUGUGUCCUGCACCUAUCUGAAGUGUCCCCUCCUCCAGACCAGCUCCAUAUGGGGGCCAGGGCAGCCCUGCCAGGGCUGCAGGGCCACGGGCAGUAGGCAGCAGAUGGCCUCUCCUGGGCCCCCUGCCCACUCACCUCCCCUCUUCCCCUCUGGGCCUGGUAGAUGGUGUAGUCAGCACACUGUUAGUGCCUUCUCCAUCUACAAACCAGGGGAGAUUUAGGCUGAGUCCCAUUACUAUCAAAUAGCAUCCUUUCCUCAUCUCCUUCCUCUCUGAUGAUCAUUGAUUUAAAUGACUGGCUGUCCAUUACUAUCAAAUGGCCUCCAUUUCUAUCCAUUUUGACCAUGGCUCUAAGACUGGAUAAGUGGAACCAAGGGGUUGAUUGGCUUUCAUGUGGCAAACGAUAGGAGCAUGGAGCUAUCUGGUGUCACAUAUUCAAUUAGUCCUUCCAUGAGACUCUUGAUAGUGUCUUAAAGGGGAUGCUAUGCUGCCUAGCACUCGCUGGAUUAACCUCUUAAGGAUCGGACCCUUUUUUUCAAUUUUCGCCUAAAAUGACAUACCCAAAUCUAACUGCCUGUAGCAGCAGGACCUGUAGCAAGGAUAUGCAUGUUCUUGAUACCAUUUGAAAGGAAACACUUUGAAGUUUGUGGAAAUAUGAAAUGAAUGUAGGAGAAUGUAACACAUUAGAUCUGGUAAAAGAUAAUACAAACAAAAAAACUAUUUUAUUUUGUAUUCCAUCAUCUUUUAAAUGCAAGAGAAAGGCCACAAUAUAAUAUUGCAGUUUAGACGCAAUUUAGAUUUUGGUCACUAAAUGGCAGCAGUGUGUGUGCAAAGUUUCAGAUUGAUCCAGUGAAGUAUUGCAAUACUGGACUAUUUUGUAUCUGCCCAAAAUGUGCCAAAUUGGUCCAUUAAUACAUUUUCAAGUACAUAACUAUAGAGAACAUACAAAAAUGAUAUGGUAAUACAAAAUGUACGUUUACACACUCCCAGGAAUGUCAUACAUGAUUCAUCAUUAGCUUAUACGCUAACUUUGACACAUCUAGAUGGCCGAGCGGGGUGUGGAGCCAGAGAAAGCAAGGGUUCAAACUGUAGAACCUACAUUCCUACAUUUGAAAAGAAAAAUGGAUUUUAUCAAACAAAACUAUGCAACAUUUUAUCGCUGGGACCCUCAGGAUGACAAAUCAGAGCAAGAUGGUGAAUGUUCAGAGGUGAAUGUAUCAAACCAGUUGCCGUGAUAAGUUUGUUGUUGUUGUGCACUCUCCUCGAACAAUAGCAUAGUUUUUUUCCCACUGUAAUAGAUACUGUAAAUUGGACAGUGCAGUUAGAUUAACAACAAUUUAAGCUUUCUGCCAUUAUAAGACAUGUCUAUGUCCUGGAAAGUCUGCUGUUACUUACAACAGUCAUGCUAAUCACAUUAGCGCAUGUUAACUCAACCGUCCCGUAUACGGGACACCGAUCCCGUAGAGGUUAACGGUUGUGUGCGGUCUAUCAGAAGAAGAGAAGUAACUGAAUGUCUAAAAACAGAGGGUGCGUCAUUCAUGAUGACACUGCACUUUUGGAUAAUACUUUCUUUGUAUGAAGUUGUGCAGAAUGUUUUUAAUGCGAAGAAUGAAGUGUCUUCAGGCAGUUUCUCACAGAUGUGAUGUUUGUUACAAAUUCUAAUGCAGUGAGUUUAUUAUUGGCUGGAUUUACCCCCAGGCCAGUUCUGGUAGAAGUGGAUUUUGAAGAGAAAAACAAAAGCCCAGCUAUGUUUUUAAAGAAAAUAAUCGCCCACUUUUCUCACAGACUGCAACGAACUCUGUCCAAUGCUUACAACUGUUACUGUAGCCAUAUAAAGACCAGUACUGUGUUCCCCAAGCACAGAGCUACCAUCCAUUACAGUUUUCUGAUAAGUGAUAAGAUAGGAUAGACCUAAAGGAUACUGUCCGGAGUGUCGAUUGGAGUUCACAGAUAAGAUAGGUGAGUGGUCCUCUGUAGCUCAGCUGGUAGAGCACGGCGCUUGUAACGCCAAGGUAGUGGGUUCGAUCCCCGGGACCACCCAUACACAAAAAUGUAUGCACGCAUGACUGUGAGUCGCUUUGGAUAAAAGCGUCUGCUAAAUGGCAUAUUAUUAUUAUUAUUAUUUAACGGGCACAAGAUUGGGUGAUUCGCAGGACAACCCAAGCUAGCUUGGAGCAACUUUAAUCAUCUUCAUUUGCAACAAUCUUACAACAACCUUAUUUAUCUUCAUUUGAUCCUGAAUGUUCUAUUCGUUUUAGUUUUUUGCGGAGUUAGGUCUAAGAUAUAUUUCAAAUUUGAUCCACUAAAAUACCAAUUCUUUAUACUACAGUGUAACACCCUCCAUUUGAGAUGUAAUGCAUUAACCCACCUUCAAACCCUUCAAACCCCUUUCCAGCCCAAAUACACACAUCAUCCAUCUUUAUCAUGUAGCCAUUCCUUUAGAAAAGUGUGGAACCCCCUGUGGGUUUGCACGCCCCUCAUCCCUCCAUCCUCUCUUCUUUAGCUGCAUGUUCAAUUAACUGGCUAGCAGGGAAAUGGGUCAGCAGUGCGACAAUCAGCUGAGCGCUCGCGAUCAAUCACCCCGAUGACUAUGCUCCCGGGCAGACGUGCCCAUUAGCGCAUGAGUGUGUGUGUGUGUGUGUGUGAGUGUGAGUAGAAAUAGGGGGGGGGGGGGUUUCGCUGCUCGUUUUCUGGUGAAUUCUUAAUGUGAUUUCCUCAAGGUUUCUUCCAGGGAGAAACCGCCACCGGGCUAAGCAUUGCAGCAGAAAGACGAGACGAGGAGGCUUGUUAGAUGAUGGGGUGGUGAAGCUAAGCUAAGGGCUGCAGGCUGUUAACACGGCCGACUAAACUUGUCGAUAUACAUAAAUGCAGCGACUCAUUGCACUCUCUGUCUCUCUCGCUCUCUCUGCACUGUAGUCUGUUAUGUUUUUGUUUCUACAGUACCUAAUCUAGAGUUCUAUCCCCCUCUCUGUUUCUCUCUCUCUCUUUCUCUCUCUACCCCCUCUCUCUUCACAGUGCCCAUUGCGCCAUGUCUGCCACACAGCUGGAGGAGACAGAAAAUGUUUUUGGUGAGUGUUUCGCUCUCUCUCAGAGUGUGUGUGUUUGUGUCUCGCACAUUUAAUGAGUGUUGUAUAUGUGAUACAUGAACGAAGAUUGUGUGUUUGUGUGCGUAUAUCUCUCAGAGUAAGAUACACAAUAUGAGGCACACAGAAAUUAACACGUGUUUGUGUGUGGUGUGUGUCUGACAUAAACUAUGUGUGUGCUGUGUGUUGGUCCUAUAACUUUCUGAAUACCACGGGCCAGAGAAAGAUGUGGAACAUGAGGGAGUCUGUUGUUGUAAUGAUGAGUGGGAAGGCCUAUGCUAUGGAAUCUCAUGACUGCACUUCUCAGCUAAAAGGGCGGUCUAGUCAGUCUACACACACACACAUGCACACACACACACAUGCAUGCACACACACAUACGCACACAAACACUCCAUGUCCUAUUUUAAGAAAAUCAAUUCCUAAAGAGGCUAUGACUCAGACUUCUACAUCACAGCACCUUUGUAUAAAACGUUGUAACCAGCAGUGACCAAGCUACCUCUCAGUCAGAGUCCUAUAAAUACUCCCUAUUCCCCUUUGAAGCAGCUCCCAGGUCACCUCUCUCUCCCUGAAUAAGACACCCCAGCACUAAUGUGGAACAUCAGCCUUUGUGUGGACUCAGCCGUUUGGGUCUCAGUGGUGUCAGGUCCAAUUCCCCAAUGUGCCGAAUUCUGCAUACCCGCUCCUCCUCUAACCCUCUGACACUGUUUUAUUGGACCAGAUGCCCCAAAUGUGCUCAACUCCUCUGAACAACUGAAAUUGCAACGGUAUUGUGGAUUCAUUGGCUAACAUUGAAGCGUGCAUCUACCUGCCUGUCAUUCGCUGGCACGGAUGUGAGGGAUUUUUAGAGUGUGUUUGCGUCCACAGCACAUCGUUCAGAUAUCCAGUCACUAAAUAAGACAAAACAAAACAGCCAGUGGAUCAGCCUGACAGCCUCCAAAUAUGGCAGUGGGCGACACUAAUACACAUUUUUGAACUGACCAUAUCUUGUUUGCUUCGCCAGCUCUCUGGUGUUUUCUUAAUAUACUGUACACACCAACCCCACUUUCCUCUAGUGAUGCGCCUGUGAGAUUGACCUUCAUACCUCUCCAGAAAGCCCACAGGGGAAUGUAGAGUCGGGGGUAGUGUGCUUUGUAUACCUAUAGUGGGGGUGGGUUGUAAUAUAUCUUUCUCCUACCUACUCUAUGUAUGGUCUGUGUAGAAUCCAAUAAGGGGUGGGAUGAUGGCUUAUGGGGGAUGAGAGAGGGGUGUGGCUUGGUUUGGUUUGGUCAAAUUUUAAGGGUGCCUCUUAGCACAGAGACUAGGUCUAAUAAGAGCAGGAGGGAUAAUGUGCACCGCAGGGGGUAACAGAAUGGAACAGAAAGGACACAGAAUGGAAAGGUGAUUCUGGGCCUCUCAGUUCACCCUCCUCCUUCACCCCGUUUUACUCCUCCUUGUAGUCUCGUAUAAUGUUGUCAACAAUGUGAACAGGAGGGUUGAGAUACUGGUGCCAAGAAAUGUUGUCUUUUAAUGUGGGGCGGCAGGUAGCUUAGUGGGUAAGAGCGUUGUGCCAGUAACCGAAAGGUCGCUGGUUCUAAUCCCCGAGCCGACUAGGUGAAAAAUCUGUCGAUGUGCCCUUGAGCAAGGCACUUAACCCUAAUUGCUCCUGUAAGUCGCUCUGGAUAAGAGCGUCUGCUAAAUGACUAAAAUGUAAAAAUGUAAAUGUAAUGUGAGGGAAUCACCCUGUAAAAUUGUUGCGGUUGACAUUUCCUGUUUGCUGAGGUUGUUGUCUGUUGUCUUUGGGGUGGCUGUGCUCGGGCUCCCUUGGCUCGCUUAGUGGAAACGUGGUAGAGAACGUGGUUUCCCUCUGCGGCAGUUCGGCCUGUCUGCCUUCAUUACUGGCUGUGUACAUCCUAAUACUGAACCACGGAGACAGACCUCACUCUACUCAUAGAGCUGCAGCCAAUACACAGCUCAUCCACUGAACCACAAAGACAAUGUCAUUCUGAACUAGCACUCACACUGCUAUCAUAGCACACAGCCCAUAACACACUGAACCCAACCUAACGCCAUACAGUUUCAAUCUUAUAGGCUGAGAAUUGUUCAUAUCCACUCAAACUUUACACUGAAAUUCUUCAUAUAAAGCUUGUUUAAGGCUUCAGUUAUACUGAACCAAACCUUGCUUCAGGAUACAAAGCAUGUAUCAUAUAGUAAACCAACCUUUACAUUACCACUCAGGGAGCUAAACCAAACAUGUACAACCCAAAACAGAGCCUGUAUCAUACUCCAACCUAGCUCCGCUCCAACAGAGAUAGAAAAGGGCUGACUCAGGGGCCUGUAGUAUGGAUGAUUAUCAGUCAGACCGCCACAGAGAGGAGAGUGUUUGGUUGGCCUGCAUCCCACUGGGAACUCACUCUGCUGCUGCUGUAGCUGUAGCAUUGAUUGCUAGCUUUACCUCAACCACCACCACCUAACCAGCUUGAGGAACGCAGCACCAAUCCGAAACGGCAAAGCACUCAAUUCCAUUCACCCCCAGAUUGCAGAAAAUGGAAUGUAAUGAACCUUACACUCUACCACACUGAGUUGGAGUGUUGUGGUUUUGGACUCGAUAGCCCAAGCUAGACCCAGUGGUGUCUAUCUAUACAAAUUAGCUUUGAGUGCUGCUUGAGUUUUAGCCUGCUCUGCAAGGAUGUACCACUCGACUACACUACUAGAGCAAUUAACUUCUGUGUUCAAUUCUAUUUCUGGAAGGAUGUGUGACAUGCAGGGUUGGAACCGAUUUUUUUCUCCCACCAAUCGUAUCGUUCAUAACAGAACCAUUAUUAUUUUUUUCGUUCAGUUCCACUGUUCCAACCAGCAAAAUACAGUUCUGAACCGGUUUGAACCCAAACAAAGUAACCGUUAAUAAUCAGAAUUAUACCUUUGGAGGAGCGGCUUCUAUGAAGGAACUUUGAAUGUCAUUGACCUUCAGAGAGUUGGUUUAGCGUUGGACCAAAACUAGCUAGCUACCUUGUGUGUGCAGAGUGGCACCAGAAUUAAAAUAAAACAUUUGUAGAUAAUAAAUCCAAUGUGAAACGUGAUAACUAUUUUGUAUCCUUAACUAGCGUUGAAAAAGUUAAUUAAAAAUCUCUCUCCUUCCUUUCUCAAUCAUGCUUGUAACGUCAGUAGUAGGCUAGCAGGCAGGCAGACACUGGAAUAAGAGUGAGGGCUUUGCAUAGGUGCUUUGUUGCAUUUUGUUGUGCGAAUCGAUGCCCAGCACGUAAAAUAAUGUAAUUAACCGGUUCCCAUGCUUUUAAAAUAACGGUUCUCUUCCAGAAUAGUAUAGAUCACUUUCGUUCCCGGUUUUGAUUCUGUUCCUUGAAAAAUGCUGUUCUUUCUGGUUUUCAGUUCUGUUCCCUGAACCGGUUCCAACCCCUGGUGAUAUGUACUGUAUGCUGUUUUUAAUUUGGACCGAAUGUAAGAUAGCAGAUGGCUAUUGUUGAGUCGUGUUUUCCGAAGUGAAGGAGGUUCCCUUUCGUCGACUGUGAGGUGCAUGAAAAGGUAUUGGAGACAGGUCUCCUCCAUCUCUGAGUAUGUAGCCCAUAACAUGCACCGAGUGGGCGAAAGGCCAGUUGGGGGUUCAACCUUCCCUGUCAGUAGGCUGAUGACAGCGCUACGAGUGGAAAAUGUCACUGCCUCCAUCUGACCACUGCUGGGUCACUGAACAGCACAAACAUUGAUUUACAGAGUGCACCCCAAAUUGCACCUUAUUCCCUAGGGCCCAUAGAGCUCUAGUCAAAAGUAGUGCAAAAGUAGGGAUCAGGGUGCCAUUUGGGAUGCGACCACAAUUUUAAUGGAUGAACAACAGGGAUCUGAAUAUAGCCAUAGUAAGUUAUAUAGACAUUAUACUUUAAUUCUCAAAUUCAACCCCAAAUUCAUCUUAAGACAAUGUCGUAAGCUAGGACAAUGUAGAGAGAGCGACGUCAAAAUUUGUUCCGACCACAGUCAAGUCCACCUGGACUGAGUCCAGUGGAAGUGCUGCAGUAUUUUGGAGCUCAUUGUGCAUUGUGGUCUUCCUAGAUGAGAAUGGAUCUCUGGUAAUUUAGUGUGAUCUGCCACACCUUCCCUUUUAUUCAGACUGCUCAAUAGGUGUCAUGCCAAUGACAAUACAGUAAUGUGUCAUUGCCAAUGCUAUGAGUCAUAUGCAGAAUCCGAAACCGCAUAAGGUUUACAUGAAGAGUCAUUUUUGAUGUUUGUUAGGUGCAAUGACCAUUAACUGUAAUGCAGUUUAAAUUUGUCUGCAUUCAAUGAAAAAUAGUGGGAGUCGUCUGUACCACAACUCAGUUCAGGGAAACGUUCCCUCACAUUCUGACUCAGAAUAUUGAAAAAACUAUUCUAAAACAACGUAUUUAAAUGAUCUGUAAAUAAAUCGGUCACAUUUGUGUUGCUAAGGAGAUUAAAUUGAAAAAUUCUUUAUACUUCAUUGAACGUCAUGUUCUUUGUGUCCGAAUGUGUUCAUCAACACUCCCUUCCUUAUCAUUAUCCCAGUGUCUCUGAACCCCACUGAGUGCCUGCAUGGACAGUAUGCUGCCUGGACAUUUCUACAUGACUAAAUACCAAUUACAUUAGAGUGAGCACUCAGCCAUGGGAGAGAGGGAAUAGGGUAUGCACAUCAAGAAAGAUGAGUCGAUUUUUAGAUUUUGUGAUUUUCUCUUAAUUCUCACACAAAUCACAAACACUUAUGUGAACAUUGUGUCACAUUUUCUCUCUCUCUCUCUUCUUUGAUUUAUCUCGCUUAUUUUUUUCUGAGUUUUAUUACUUUCGGUGUUGGUGGUUGGAUCCUUUGAAAAUAGGUUCUCAGCUAUUUAGCCUAAUGUUGUCCCCUGUAGCUCAGUUGGUAGAGCAUGGCACUUGCAACGCCAGGGUUGUGGGUUCGUUUCCCACGGGGGGCCAGUAUGAAAAUGUAUGCACUCACUAACUGUAAGUCGCUCUGGAUAAGAGCGUCUGCUAAAUGACGUAAAUGUAAAUGUGAUGUUGUCCAGGACAAGAUAGUAAUGUGCAUAUUAUACUAUAUAUUUCAAAAAUCUUACCCAAACCUGAAUGGCUGUAGUGAGCAUCAAAGAAGAGAGCUUCAGUGAUAUUGUGUUGUUCAUAGCUGAUGAAAGGUCUCACCACUUUCCUCUGUUGUAUCUUAUUUUUAGUCUGUCUCGGCUGACUGGCUGGUGUUAGAUCCUCUGGUAUAAAGCAGUCAGUGCUGUGCUGUACAGUACAGUACAGUACAGUCUGUGAUGAGAUCUGAGCGUCAGCAUGGUGAGAGGGAGGUAUCAGAUGAAUCCUAUUAGUUGGCUCACUCACAUCUGGCCCCUCUGUGUCUCUCCAUCACUGUACUGACAUACCUGUUCCUAAAGAGGGAGAGGGGGAGAAUAGAAAACACUAAUACAAUUUAAUUACAUAUGUUUAAAAAAUAUGUAUAUAUAUUUCUCACAAGUAGUAGACCAAUUGAAAGCUGUCAGGGGCUUUGACUUUUAGAUAUGUUUGAUUAGGUAAUUCUAGUACAUGAAUGCCUACUACAGUGUCAAUGCUUCCCAAGCAAAAAGCUCAUGUUUAGUAGACGGUUAGAGGCACUCUGUUUGUGGAUCGAUACAAUGCCUUCAGAAAGUAUUCAUACACCUUGACUUAUUCCACAUUUUGUUCGGUUACAGCCUGAAUUCAAAAUUUAUUAAAUCGAUUUUUUUUUCUCACCCAUCUACACACAAUACCCCAUAAUAAUAAAGUGAAAACAUGUUUUUUGUCAUUUUUGCAAAUUUAUUGAAAAUGAAAUACAGAAAUAUCUCAUUAUGGGUAUGCUUGCCGAUGACAAGCAUACCCAUAACAUGAUGCAACCACCACCAUGCUUGAAAAUAUGAAGAGUGGUAUUCAGUGAUGUGUUGUGUUGGAUUUGCCCCAAACAUAACACUUUGUGUUCAGGACAUAAAGUAAAAAAAAUUGCCACGUUUUUUGCAGUGUUACUUUAGUGCCUUAUUGCAAACAGGAUGCAUGUUUUGGAAUAUUUGUAUUCUGUACAGGCUUCCUUCUUUUCACUCUGUCAUUUAGGUUAGUAUUGUGGGGUAACUACAAUGUUGUUGAUCCAUCCUCAGCUUUAUCCUAUCACAGCCAUUAAACUCAGUAACUGUUUUAAUGUCACCAUUGGCCUCAUGGUGAAAUCCCUGAUUGGUUUCCUUCCUUCCUUUCCGGAGUUAGGAAGGACUCCUGUAUCUUUGUAGUGACUGGGUGUAUUGAUACACUAUCCAAAGUGUAAUUAAUAACUUCACCAUGCUCAAAGAGAUAUUCAAUGUCUGCUUUUUUCCUUUUUACCCAUCUACCAAUAGGUGCCUUUCUUUGCGAGACAAUGGAAAAUCUCCCUUGUCUUUGUAGUUGAAUCUGUGUUUAAAUUCACUGCUCGACUGAGGGACCUUACAUAUAAUUGUAUGUGUGGGGUACAGAGAUGAUGUAGUCAUUCCAAAAUCAUGUUAAGCACCAUUAUUGCACACAGAGUGAGUCCAUGCAACUUAUUAUGUGACUUGUUAAGCAACAUUUUACUCCUGAACUUAUUUAGGCUCGCCACAACAAAGGGGUUAAAUACUUAUUGACUCAUACAUUUCAGCUUUACAUUUUUUAUUAAUUUGUAAACAUUUCUAAAAACAUAAUUCCCUUUUGACAUUAUGGGGUAUUGUGUGUAGGCCAGUGACACAAAAUCUCAAUUUAAUACAUUUUUAAUUCAGGCUCUAACAUAACAAAAUGUGGAAAAAGUCAAGGGGUGUGAAUACUUUCUGAAGGCACUGUAAGAGAUGUGUUGUCUCUGUGUGUUUGGUCCUAUAUUUAUAUAUAUUUAUUUUUUUAAUCCCAGCCCCCGUCCCCGCAGGAGGCCUUUUGCCUUUUGGUAGGCUGUCAUUGUAAAUAAGAAUUUGUUCUUAACUGACUUGCCUAGUUAAAUAAAGGUUAAAUAAAAAAUAAAAAAAUAAAGAGAUGACCAGGUCGUAGGUCAAUGUUCAUCCCCCACAAUCCUCUGCUGACUCAGUCACAGGGGAACGUCCAAUGUGAUUAAACAGAUUCAUUGUCAUGUAUUUGGGGGAUGGGGGCUGGAUGAAUGGAGUGAAGGAUGGAGGGAUGAGGGGAGGGAGAGAUAAUUGAUGGAAACGCUGAAGGGCUCUCAGAUUGGGGCCAAGAGGUCGAAGGCAAAAGGAUCGUUCCUCUGGGUUCACCACAGAUAGAGGAUGUUAGAGCAGGGGGAGGAUCAGACUAACACAUUUCACCUGUACAAUUAAACUCCUCAGUGUGACAUGUAAAAGGUAGUAUGGUGGUUGUAAUCUCAUCUUGAACCUUCUCGUAAUGUCCAAAACAGACAUUAGAGGAUUUUUUUUUUUACAUGCAGGGCAUUAGCUUUUGCCCAGUAGUUUAUCUUUCUAGGUCCCAGGUGAAAUGAAUAUAUUAAAAUAGCUGUAGCCUAGUGUUUAGGUCUGGGCUUUCCUUGUAACACAUUCUGCAUCAAAUGGAUCUGUAAAAAACACUUCUCAAAUCUGUGUCCAGUACUUAUUUGAGCUUUUCUCUGUGAUCUUCCCUCAGACCUGAAUGAUCUGAAUAUCAUCAUUUUCACUGUGAUCUUCCCUCAGACCUAAACGAGGCCAUCCCAGAGACAGAGCUGCUGGACAACAGCAUACAGAAGGGGCGUGCCCAGCUGUCCGUCAAAGCCAGGAGGCACCGCCCCUCUCGCUCUCGCUUCCGAGACAGCGUCAGUUCCACAGAGGGAGAUGACAGUCUGGAGAGGAAGGUGAGUGACAGGCGUGAGAGCCAAUCAAUCGAUGACAUGGACUCUCUGGAUGGGACAGGCACACCCACAGGACACAUUCCUUUGUAGUCUGAUGAUGACCUUGUAGCAUGUGAUAACAAAACACAAGGGCCCUGUCUUGUUUUGGUAAUACAGUAUAGAUGACAUCUUUAUAUAGACAGCACCAAGGGAGAUUUCAGGUAUUUAUUGUGCAUUUUAUGUGGUCACUAUACCAUAAUACUGCACACAUGUAGCUAAGUAACAUAGCAACUAUAGCUCUAUAACUAACAGCACUGUACAUGCCUAUACUCUUGCAUAGAUCCUGAUUGGUUAAAAACAAAGCUUGACUCAAUCAGGCAUUGAAUCAGUGGUGAUGUUUCACUGCAUCAUUUGACAAUCAGAUUUUAUGGUUGACUUCUUUAUAUUCAAACCCAUUUAGUUGUAGAUGGUAAAAGACCAUGCAACCAUCCAUAUGAAAUCAGUUUCUUAGUCCUGGAACUCAUUUCAGAUUAUUUGGAGAUUAUCAGAAGGGAGAAUGUCUCAAUGGCCUCUUACCUAGGCUAUUUUGGAGGGCGUUGGAGAGUGUGUGUCUCGCUCUCUUCAUAUCUGUUGUUUGGUCGUUUUUUAAUAUUUUCUCUCACUAGAGUUAGGGUCAAUUCAAAUUGCAUUCCAGCCUAUUCAGGCAUUUCAUUGGACUGGCACACAAUUUGAAAAGUACCAUACUACAGUUAUGAGCAUUUUCCCAUUCAAAUUUCAUGUCCAAUUAUUGCUUACUAUACAGGAGGUGGAAUGGAAUUAACCCAAACUCAUAUGUCCCUAACUGUGUUCAUGAGUGGUUGCAUGCAUGUGUGUAUAUAUGCAUAAGCUUAUGCUUGUGUGUGUGUAUGUACAGUACUUGUCAAAAGUUUGGACACACCUACUCAUUCAAAGGUUUUUCUUUAUUUUUACUAUUUUCUACAUUGUAUAAUAAUAGCUAAGACAUCACAACUAUGAAAUAACACAUAUGGAAUCAUGUAGUAACCAAAAGAGUGUAAAACAAAUCAAAAUAUAUUUAUAUUUGAGAUUCUUCAAAGUAGCCACCCUUUGCCUUGAUGACAGCUUUGCACGCUCUUGGCAUCUCUCAACCAGCUUCAUGAGGUAGUCACCAGGAAUGCAUUUCAAUUAACAGGUGUGCCUUGUUAAAAGUUAAUUUGUGGAAUUUCUUUCCUUCUUAAUGCGUUUGAGCCAAUCAGUGGUGUUGUGACAAGGUAGGGUUGGUAUACAGAAGAUAGCCCUAUUUGGUAAAAGAACAAGUCAAUAUUAUGUCAAGAACAUCUCAAAGAAGCAAAGAGAAACGACAGUCCAUCAUUACUUUAAGACAUGAAGGUCAGUCAAUCCGGAAAAUGUCAAGAACUUUAAAGUUUCUUCAAGUGCAGUCGCAAAAACCAUCAAGCGCUAUGAUGAAACUGGCUUUCAUGAGGACCGCCACAGGAAUGGAAGACCCAGAGUUACCUCUGCUGCAGAGGAUAAGGUCAUUAGAGUUACCAGCCUCAGAAAUUGCAGCCCAAAUAAUUGCUUCACAGAGUUCAAGUAACAGACACAUCUCAACAUGAACUGUUCAGAGGAGACUGUGUGAAUCAGGCCUUCAUGGUCGAAUUUCUGCAAAGAAACCACUACUAAAGGACACCAAUAAGAAGAAGAGACAUUAGACCGGUGGAAAUCUGUCCUUUGGUCUAAUGAGUCCAAAUUUGAGAUUUUUGGUUCCAAUCGCCAUGUCUUUGUGAGACGCAGAGCAGGUGAACGGAUUAUCUCUGCAUGUGUGGUUCCCACCAUGAAGCAUGGAGGAGGAGGUGUGAUGGUGUUGGGGUGCUUUGCUGGUGACACUGUCUGUGAUUUAUUUAGAAUUCAAGGCACACUUAACCAGCAUGGCUACCACAGCAUUCUGCAGCGAUACGCCAUCCUGGUUUGUGCUUAGUGAGACUAUUAUUUGUUUUUCAACAGGACAACGACCCAAAACACACCUCCAGGUUGUGUAAGGGCUAUUUGAUCAAGAAGGAGAGUGAUGGAGUGCUGCAUCAGAUGACCUGGCCUCCACAAUCACCCGACCUCAACCCAAUUGAGAUGGUUUGGGAUGAGUUGGACCGCAGAGUGAAGGAAAAGCAGCCAACAAGUGCUCAGCAUAUGUGGGAAUUCCUUCAAGACUGUUGGAAAAGCAUUCCAAGUGAAGCUGGUUGAGAGAAUGCCAAGAAUGUGCAAAGCUGUCAUCAAGGUAAAGGGUGGCUACUUUGAAAAAUCUAUAAUAUAUUUUGAUUUGUUUAACACUUUUUUGGUUCCUACAUGAUUCCAUAUUUGUUAUUUCAUAGUUUUGAUGUCUACAAUGUAGAAAAUAGUAAAAAUAAAGAAAAACCUUUGUAUGAGUAUGUGUGUCCAAACUUUUGACUGGUACUGUAUGUAUGUGUGUCUGUCUGUCUCUCUCUCUCUGUGUGUGUGUGUGCUUAUUGUUUGUCUCAGUCAGUUCACAUAUAAACAUGUGGUGUUUCUGAAUCUUUGUGCCAUAGUGUCUGGACAGCCCUCUGCACUCCGUCCGUUCCCCCCUCCACGCCACCCUGCGAGGAGGCUCCUCCCCUUCGCCUGAUUCGCUCCUCUCCUCGUCCUCCCCUUGUCCCACCUUACGGAGCCCCGUCUUCUCCUUCGACUCCUCCUCCUUACGGCGCUCCCCGGAGGAGGGCGGGACCGGGUCGCCAGCCCCUCGGGGGCGGUACCGCCAGCUGACCAAUGCCACGUCUCAGGAGGCCCUGGUGACCACGCCCAACAGCUCUCCCUCCAAGUCGUGUCCCAGUUCGGACUGCUCGCCUGUUUACAUUCGACGGGCACGACGCCCAGACAGUGAGGGUAAGAGUGGCAGCCAUCCGCAUGGCAAGAAAAUCAUCAUCUGUCUGUAUCCUAGUUAUUACAAAUCCCCACACUAAGAAUGAAAUGCCCUGUGAUAUAACUGUGGUAUAUUAAGCCUGAAGAGGCACAGCACAUACACACAAGCAGCAUUUAAGUGCAUUAUUGGCUAAACCAGCAUUACUGCCAUACCAUUAAGGCCACACCAAAAUGUUGGGAAUGGUGGGUUAAUGUAUAAAAAAAUGCAUUGUUUAAUCAAUAAUGUGCUAAUAGCCAUUUAUUAUUGUUUCUCAGUGUUAGUUUCAGAUGACAGUCGAGACACCAGCCCGGCCGACCCCGGCAACAACAGCCUUAUCUUCGACAAGAAGACCAAGAGGAGGUUCUUGGACCUGGGGUAAGUGCUCAAUAUUCAGACAUUUACUCUGUUUACAUUGUAAACACAUUGUAAAUUGGUCCGUUUCAAAACUGGUGCUUUCUGUUGAUUUUAACCCACAGUUUUUUUGCUCUUCUGAAGGGUCACAUUGAGACGCUCCUAUGUGAGAGUCAGAAAAGACAAGUCAAACAGACUGUCAAUGGGAAGCCGGUGAGUCAAUGGGAAGCCAUUUUGGCUCUGUCCCUCUGUUUCAAUACAGGAGACACCAUUUUGGCUCUAUUAGACCUAGUUAGCAAAUGAGAGGCACCAUUUUGGCUCUUUCAGUUAGCAUAUUGAAUAUCUCUCUUUCUCUGCACAGAGAGCCAUCUGAGAGCCCGUCCAGGUCCUCUGGCUCGUUCGUGCCUUUCUCCUGGUUCACUGACAGCGCCAGGGGCUCCGUGUCGUCCGGGGCAACCCCGCCCUGCUCCCCCAAACUGGUCUCACAGGACUGCAGCCCCCGCAAGUCCAACUCCCAGGUAACUCACAUCCACAAUAAUAUAUAGACGCUUCCAGAUAUCAUAUUUAGGUCAGACUGCACUAUUGUGUUACUACUACCAUUGUCCACUUUGUGUUUUUAUCAUUAUCAGAGGCAUCAUGUGUUUGUUAGCAUUAGUAUAUAGGCUAGUCUUUAUUUAAUGUCUGUCAUUGAGAUUUCUGCCACAUCUGACAAUGUCAUGAAAACGAGCUUCAAAGGCCGUGUGUUAUGGUUCUAGAUGGACAGAUAGCUAGCAACAAUGACAGGAAACUGUCAAGUGGUGACUUGUAAGUGGCUCGUUUCAGCUCGUUUAAACUUGUUCUUGAUACCAUGUCUUGUUUUGAGGUGUUUUGACUGUCACGUCUAUGCUAAUAUGGAAAACAAUGGCUAGAUAGCUAGCUAGCCAACAACUGUAACAAUGUAUUUGAGAGUUAAGUGCUCAUUGUGCAACUGUAUUUAUGUUUUCAAUUAACAUUGGAGCCGAAAUAUAGUUUACGUUGUUAACAAUCUAGGCUAACCCCUGUUUUGCCCCGUAGUUGCGCAUGCCUCGGUUUUGUUGCUAAACAACCAACCAGUCUAUACAUUCCACAGUUUAAAUAACCGAGAAAAGGAUGCUGCUGUUACCAUUGGAGAUAUGCCAAAUGCUUUUUACAAAUCUUUUCAAAUGAAUUGUCAAGAAGGAGAAAACCUUCUCCCACUGGGUCUGAGCUUCAAAUGCAAAAACAGUCAACAGAAGAGAGAAGCAGACACCAGAGAUAUAACACUGCUAUAAACAGUCUUGUGUGUCAUCCUUCAUAUAUAUACACACACAUAUAUAUAAUUGGAGAAGCCCAUAGUGUGACUCAGCUCCUGUAGAGAGUCUGAGGGGAUUGAAACCCAAUUAGGAAACAGGGUGAGUUUUCCUCUGAGUCCUAGAGGGUGCUGCUAUUCAACAUUUAUCGAUGGAAAUCAAUGGCCCUUUGUGCGGCACAAUGUCACAUACUCGUGUCAAAUUGAACCUGUUUCAUAAAAGCUAUCGACAGAUGACUUCAGGAGUUAAAACAAGAACAUGGCAUCGAUGCAAGAGAGGAUCUUCAGUUGAUAGAUCUGAUUGACCACGUUGAGGGAUUUUGGUGCUGUUGUCUUCCUCUUACAUUGUUUGGUACAUGUGCAUCUAUUGGAUGGAGAAAAAAAAAGUUUAAUAUACAGAAGAAAGAGGCUGAGGUACAGGGUUAUAGGAAGAAGAUAGACUUAUAGUGGUUGUCCGUUCAAUACCCAGGAAGGCAGACAUAUGCCUCAAACUGACUUUGCACCAGCUGAUUAAAGCCUCUGCCAAUGGCCCAAGUAUUUCUAAGGGAAAUAGAUUAUAUUUCAGAAGCUUGUGGGCCAAUGGCCUUUUAGCUAAGAGACACAGAAAGGACUUGUGGGAAAUAUACAGGAGUCCAAUCACACCAUUGAUGUAACAAAACAAGGUGUGUGUUCCGUAUAUCAGUGUUUUUAUUUCCCUGUCAAAAGUAUAGUUAAGAGCAUGCCUGGCUCUUUCAGCUUUAUCGUUUCUGCUUAUGUGCACAAAUUGCUUUAUAAAUCAAAGGUGUUCUAAGUCGUUGUCAGCACAGCAAAUAUGGUAUUUCACAUAUGGAGGUAUAUCUCUGCUAUAAAUGAUGACAUUCUUUCUGCUAAUAUGUUCAUGUGUAGCCUGUCCAUGUCCUUGCCAUAAAACCAUAUAACCAGUAAGUACACCCACAGGACACCUAACAAUACAUAUAUUUCUUGUUGGAUGGCUCUCUUUGCACACAUUUGCGGUCGUAGGCAGAAAUCCCAUGAUGCAAUCGAUGCUGUUGAUUUACUCACCUUGGAGACUUGACCGCUACGAUGCUUUUAGCUAACCACAACCUGUGACGAGGUGUGAAAGGAGGAGUCAGGCGCAGGAGGUAAAAUACCGAAGUCCAGAGUUUAAUCUGUUUGCAUAAAUCCAACGCCCCAAGCGUCAAACGAGGGAAAACGUCCACCUUGGCAAUAACACAGUGAAAUGUAGCUCAACCGAGCUACACGCUCUCACAACAAAACAAUCACUCACAAAGACAAGGGGAACAGAGGGAACACUUAUACACAUACUAAUUAGGGGAAUGAGCACCAGGUGUGUGUGAUUGACAAGACAUGACAAGUGGAGUGAUGAGAAUGGGAUCGCAGUAGCUAGUACUCCGGUGACGACGAAUGCCGAAGCCUGCCCGAACCAGGAGGGGGGGCAGCCUCGGCGGAAGUCGUGACACAACCUCAAGUCAAGACAACUAGAUUACCGUUUAACAAAAGUAGGAAAGCAACAUUGCAGAGCAUAUUUCCACUUAACGGUUAAUAAAUAUUUGAAUGCCCAUGUUUACAAAAAUGUUGAACUUUUGAAUCAACCAAUGGCAGGCUAAGUUUGGUGAGUUCAUGAAUAUAGCCCUCUAUGGUAAAAACACCCAUCCCCCCUCUCAGCUGCACUUGGUUUGAUCCAUUCUGAGUCAAAACCCUCCCAAUUAUUGUGACCGUACGUACAUACCCCAACCAGAAGCCAUGGAUUACAGGAAACAUCCGCACUGAGCUAAAGGGUAGAGCUGCCGCUUUCAAGGAACGGGACUCUAACCCGGACGCUUAUAAGAAAUCCCGCUAUGACCUCCGACGAACCAUCAAACAGGCAAAGAGUCAAUACAGGUCUAAGAUUGAAUCAUACUACACUGGCUCUGACGCUCGUCGGAUGUGGCAGGGCUUGAAAACUAUUACAGACUACAAAGGGAAGCACAGCCGCGAGCUGCCCAGUGACACAAGCCUACCAGACGAGCUAAACCACUUCUAUGCUCGCUUCGAGGCAAGCAACACUGAAGCAUGCAUGAGAGCACCAGCUGUUCCGGAUGACUAUGUGAUCACGCUCUCCGUAGCCGAUGUGAGUAAGACUUUUAAGCAGGUCAACAUUCACAAGGCCGCAGGGCCAGACGGAUUACCAGGACGUGUACUCCGAGCAUGUGCUGACCAACUGGCAAGUGUCUUCACUGACAUUUUCAACAUGUCCCUGACUGAGUCUGUAAUACCAACAUGUUUCAAGCAGACCACCAUAGUCCCCGUGCCCAAGAACUCUAAGAUAACCUGCCUAAAUGACUACCGACCCGUAGCACUGACGUCUGUAGCCAUGAAGUGCUUUGAAAGACUGGUCAUGGCUCACAUCAACAGCAUAAUCCCAGAAACCCUAGACCCACUCCAAUUUGCAUACCGCCCCAACAGAUCCACAGAUGAUGCAAUCUCUAUCACACUCCACACUGCCCUUUCCCACCUGGACAAGAGGAACACCUACGUGAGAAUGCUAUUCAUUGACUACAGCUCAACAUUCAACACCAUAGUGCCCUCUAAGCUCAUCACUAAGCUAAGGAUCCUGGGACUAAACACCUCCCUCUGCAACUGGAUCCUGGACUUCCUGACGGGCCGCCCCCAGGUGGUAAGGGUAGGUAACAACACAUCUGCCACACUGAUCCUCAACACGGGGGCCCCUCAGGGGUGCGUGCUCAGUCCCCUCCUGUACUCUCUGUUCACCCAUGACUGCAUGGCCAGGCACGACUCCAACACCAUCAUUAAGUUUGCCGACGACACAACAGUGGUAGGCCUGAUCACCGACAACGAUGAGACAGCCUAUAGGGAGGAGGUCAGAGAUCUGGCCGUGUGGUGCCAGGACAACAACCUCUCCCUCAACGUGACCAAGACAAAGGAGAUGAUUGUGGACUACAGGAAAAAAAAGAGGACUGAGCACGCCCCCAUUCUCAUCGACGGGGCUGUAGUGGAACAGGUUGAGAGCUUCAAGUUCCUUGGUGUCCACAUCACCAACGAACUAUCAUGGUCCAAACACACCAAGACAGUCGUGAAGAGGGCACGACAAAGCCUAUUCCCCCUCAGGAGACUAAAAAGAUUUGGCAUGGGUCCUCAGAUCCUCAAAAAAUUCUACAGCUGCACCAUCGAGAGCAUCCUGACUGGUUGCAUCACCGCCUGGUAUGGCAACUGCUUGGCCUCCGACCGCAAGGCACUACAGAGGGUAGUGCGUACGGCCCAGUACAUCACUGGGGCAAAGCUUUCUGCCAUCCAGGACCUCUAUACCAGGCGGUGUCAGAGGAAGGCCCUCAAAAUUGUCAAAGACUCCAGCCACCCUAGUCAUAGACUGUUCUCUCUGCUACCGCACGGCAAGCGGUACCGGAGUGCCAAGUCUAGGUCCAAAAGACUUCUCAACAGCUUCUACCCCAAGCCAUAAGACUCCUGAACAGCUAAUCAUGGCUACCCGGACUAUUUGCACUGCCCCCCCACCCCAUCCUUUUUACGCUGCUGCUACUCUGUUAAGUAUUUAUGCAUAGUCACUUUAACUCUACCCACAUGUACAUAUUACCUCAACUACCUCAACUAGCCGGUGCCCCUGCACAUUGACUCUGCAACGGUACCCCCCUGUAUAUAUAGCCUUCCUACUGUCACUUUAUGUUACUUCUGCUCUUUUUUUCUCAACACUUUUUUUGUUGUUGUUUUAUUCUUACUUUUUUUGUUUAAAAUAAAUGCACUGUUGGUUAAGGGCUGUAAGUAAGCAUUUCACUGUAAUGUCUGCACCUGUUGUAUUCGGCGCAUGUGACCAAUAAAAUUUGAUUUGAUUUGAUUUGAUAUUGGGGCAGCGGGAGUGUUUAUACAUACUCUCUAACACCUGCACCAUGACACAUCUAAAAUCUCCAGCAGCAGCAUGUGGGGCCCGUCACAAAUAGCACCUUUAUAUCCCAUAAAGUGCAAUACUUUUGACUACGGGUCAAAAGUAUUGAACUUUAUAGGGACUAGAGUGAAAUUUAGAACAGAGCUCCAUGGGCUUUAAUAGAGAGGAGGAGCUAUGCAAAGCAUCCAAGAUGGACUUAGUCAUCAGCAUGGAGGCCGGGACCCUUCGCUCUGCAUAGCAAUUAAAGCUGCAGCUUCCCAUUGAAAGCAGAGAGGGCCAUUAAAUCCCUUUCUACCACUGUGUGUCUGUCCAGCUGGGAUAAUAGCUCUAGGAUGUGUCCCAAAUGGCACCCUAUUCCCUACAUAGUCCACUACUUUUGAACAGAGCCCUAUGGGCCCUGGUCAAUAGUCAGUGGUAUAAAGUACUUAAGUAAAAAUACUUUAAAGUACUACUUAAGUCGUUUUUGGGGUAUCUGUACCGACUCACUAAACAUAAAUGCAUUGUUUGUAAAUGAUGUCUGAGUGUUGGAGUGUGCCCCUGGCUAACCGUAAAUAAAUAAAAAAACAGGACAAUUGUGCCAUCUGGUUUGCUUAAUAUAAUGAAUUUGAAAUGAUUUAUACUUUUACUUUUGAUACUUAAGUAUAUUUUAGCAAGUAUGACAAUUGGGUACUUUUUCCACCACCGUCAAAAGUAGUGCACUAUAUAGGGAACAGAGUGCCAUUUGGGACGCAGCCCUAAUAAGCCUGGUGUCUGGAGAGGAGGCAGAUACCCAUGACUUUGCCUUCCUCCUCUGCACUGGAGAUUUGGGCCUCUGUACUGUGGCUCUCAAGGGGACUGUCAUGCGCUGUUAUAGGGUUGUGUGCAUAUGUGUUUGCAGGCGCAACAUUUGAGAGGGCAAUUAAUCCAAAAUAUGAUAUUUCUGUAUUCUUUUUAAGUGUUACUGCUGUGACCAAACCUUUCAUAUUUCGAAGCUUCAACUGUUUGAAAGUAAGGUUUAUUAACGGUGCUUUAAUAUCCUACUAAUGUCAGAUGCAAUUGAUCUUGAACUGGACAAAUCAAUUGAUCCAGUACGGUUUGACCACAGUGGUCACACUCAAUGAAGAUAUCGCACAUCUCUAUGCACUUGUACUUAAUGCCAAAGUGUCAAAGAAUACUGGAAACAAUGCAGAGAAAACAAUAGUCAUUUAUCAUGGUUGGAUAAUUUCUCUCUCUCUCUCUCUCUCUCUCUCUCUCUCUCUCUCUCUCUCUCUCUCUCUCUCCUCUCUCUCUCUCUCUCUCUCUCUCUCUCUCUCCUCUCUCUCCGUCUCUCCUCUCUCUCUCUCUCUCCUCUCUCUCUCUCUCUCUCUCUCUCUCCUCGCUCCCCCUCCCUCCCCCCCCUUUCAGGAGUCUGCCCUGAGUGAUGAGUUCUCUCCGCCCCCCUGUAGUCCUCCCCACGCCUCCAGUGGGACCACAGCCGACUCAUCCUCCCGCUCCUCACAACGCUACCAGACCCUCUCCCAGUCCUCAGACGAGGUGAGGGGCUUCCUACUGCAAUGGGGGUGCUGGUGGUAGUGGGCAUUCUCUGCCUAGGACUAAAUAGAUCUAAACUCAAUUUCAGUAUGUUACAGUAUAUGAGACAGAGGGUUUGUCUGAGGCCUGGAUCACUGUUUAGAGUGAGAAUGCAAGAGACUAUUUUUAAUUAAAGCAGCGUUCCACUCAAAUCUCUAAUAGCGUACCACCAAAACCACAUCUCUGAAGUCUUCUCUGGUAAACUGUGUACCAUUACCUGAAAUAACCCCAACUGGACUUCCUGUAGUUACAGUUGAAGUCGGAAGUUUACCUACACUUAGGUUGGAGUCAUUAAAACUUGUUUUUCAACCACUACACACAUUUCUUGUUAACAAACUAUAGUUUUGGCAAGUCGGUUAGGAGAUCUACUUUGGGCAUGACACAAGUAAUUUUUCCAACAAUUGUUUACAGACAGAUUAUUUCACUUAUAAUUCACUGUAUCACAAUUCCAGUGGGUCAGAAGUUUACAUACACUAAGUUGACUGUGCCUUUAAACAGCUUGAAAAAUUCCAGAAAAGGACGUCAUGGCUUUAGAAGCUUCUGAUAGGCUAAUUUACAUAAUUUUAGUCAAUUGGAGGUGUACCUGUGGAUGUAUUUCAAGACCUAUCUUCAAACUCAGUGCCUCUUUGCUUGACAUCAUGGGAAAAUCUGAAGAAAUCAGCCAAGACCUCAGAAAAAAAAAGUUGACUUCCACAAGUCUGGUUCAUCCUUGGGAGCAAUUUCCAAACACCUGAAGGUACCACGUUCAUCUGUACAAACAAUAGUACGCAAGUAUAAACACCAUGGGACCAUGCAGGCGUCAUAUUGCUCAGGAAGGAGACGCGUUCUGUCUCCUAGAGAUGAACGUACUUUGGUGCGAAUCAAUCCCAGAACAACAGCAAAGGACCUUGUGAAGAUGCUGGAGGAAACAUGUACAAAAGUAUCAAUAUCCACAGUAAAACUAGUCCUAUAUCGACAUAACCUGAAUGGCCGCUCAGCAAGGAAGAAGCCACUGCUCCAAAACCGCCAUAAAAAAGCCAGAGUACAGUUUGCAACUGCACAUGGGGACAAAGAUCGUACUUUUUGGAAAUGUCAUCUGGUCUGAUGAAACAAAAAUAGAACUGUUUGGCCAUAAUGACCAUUGUUAUGUUUGGAGGAAAAAGGGGAUAUCUUGCAAGCAGAAGAGCACCAUCCCAACCAUGAAGCACGGGGGUGGCAGCAUCAUGCUGUGGGGGUGCUUUGCUGUAGGAGGAACUGGUGCACUUCACAAAAUAGAUGGCAUCAUGAGGAAGGAAAAUUAUGUGGAUAUAUUGAAGCAACAUCUCAAGACAUCAGUCAGGAAGUUAAAGCUUGGUCGCAAAUGGGUCUUCCAAAUGGACAAUGACCCCUAGCAUACUUCCAAAGUUGUGGCAAAAUGGCUUAAGGACAACAAAGUAAAGGUAUUGGAGUGGCCAUCACAAAGCCCUGACCUCAAUCCUAUAGAAAUUUGUGGGCAGAACUGAAAAAGCGUGUGCGAGCAAGGAGGCCUACAAACCUGACUCAGUUACACCAGCUCUGUCAGGAGGAAUGGGCCAAAAUUCACCCAACUUAUUGUGGGAAGCUUGUGGAAGGUUACCCGAAACAUUUCACCCAAGUUAAACAAUUUAAAGGCAAUGCUACCAAAUACUAAUUGAGUGUAUGUAAAAUUCUGACCCACUGGGAAUGUGAUGAAAUAAAUAAAAGCUGAAAUAAAUCAUUCUCUCUACUAUUAUUCUGACAUUUCACAUUCUUAAAAUAAAGUGGUGAUCCUAACUGACCUAAGACAGGGAAUUUUUACGAGGAUUAAAUGUCAGGAAUUGUGAAAAACUGAGUUUAAAUGUAUUUGGCUGAGGUGUAUGUGAACUUCCGACUUCAACUGUAUGUCUUCCAUGGCAACUAGCUUACAAUACAUACUAUAGUACACAAUGCAUUCAAUUAGAUGUUUCAAGCAGUUCACUUAGAUCAAUAACAGUAGGAGUGUAGAGUGUGUGGUCCUGGUGUUUCUAAAGCCUGAGUCUGGUGUGAAUGCUCUGCUCUCUCAAAAUCACUCUCAGGCCAGAUGCUGUCAGACACGGCUGCACAGUGAUUAGGGAAUCAAUUACCUCCGGUAAACUAGCUCUCUCUCCUGCCACAUCUGAUUUACCUCAGGAUGUUGGAGGGGAUACUGGGUUUUCAGAGGGGCUUCUGACUCUCUCCCUCUCCUCCCCUUAAGCUGCCAUUACAGAGGGAUGCAGGAUGCACGUCAGACCUGGGUACAGAUAGUAUAUGUUUUCUUUCGAAUAUUUUAACUGCACUUGAUUGUGUGGCGCAUGUCUGACGCAAAGGAACCAAUGGAAUAGUCUCAAAAGUGCAAACCCGGCCCAUCUGGCACUCCGGAGGUGUGCUCAACUGGGCUUCCAUUUGCGGUGAACAUCUUCCAUUAGUUGCAAUUUCAGUUGGACGAUUUGAAUGAACAUUCCAAAAUGUUACGGUGAAACAUCAAACAGCACAUUUUUGUAAGGAUUAUUGAGGCAUUUCAGCGGCAAUAAUCAAACUGCAAAUGACUUUGCUAUUCCUACUACAUGUACACUAUAUAUACAAAAGUAUGUGGAUAGCCCUUCAAAUGAGUGGAUUCGGCUAUUUCAGCAACACCCGUUGCUGACAGGUGUAUAAAAUCAAGCACACCGCCAUGCAAUCUCCAUAGACAAACAUUGGCAGUAGAAUGGCCUUACUGAAGAGCUCAGUGACUUUCAACGUGGCACCGUCAUAGCAUGCCACCUUUCCAACAAGUCAUUUGGUCAAAUUCCGGCCCUGCUAGAGCUGCCCCGGUCAACUGUAAGUGCUGUUAUUGUGAAGUGGAAACGUCUAGGAGCAACAACGGCUCAGCAGCGAAGUGGUAGGCCACACAAGCUCACAGAACGGGACCGACAAGUGCUGAAGCGCAUAGUGUGUAAAAAACAUCUGUCCUCGGUUGCAACACUCACUCCAAACUGCCUCUGGAAGCAACGUCAGCACAAUAACUGUUUCCAUGGCCGAGCAGCCACUCACAAGCCUAAGAUCACCAUGUCCAAGGCCAAGCGUCGGCUGGAAUUGUGUAAAGCUCGCCGUCAUUGGAUGCUGGAGCAGUGGAAACACGUUCUCUGGAGUGAUGAAUCACGCUUCACCAUCUGGCAGUCCGAUGGACGAAUCUGGGUUUGACAGAUGCCAGGAAAACCCUACCUGCGCCAAUGCAUAGUGCCAAUUAUAACGUUUGGUGGAGGAGGAAUAAUGGUCUGGGGCUGUUUUUCAUGGUUCAGGCUAGGCCCCUUAGUUCCAGUGAAGGGAAAUCUUAACGCUACAGCAUACAAUGACAUUCUAGACGAUUCUGUGCUUCCAACUUUGUGGCAACAGUUUGGGGAAGGCCCUUUUCCUGUUUAAGUAUGACAAUGCCCCGUGCACAAAGCGAGGUCCAUACAGAAAUGGUUUGUCGAGAUCAGCGUGGAAGAACUUGACUGGCCUGCACAAAGUCCCCACAGCAAUGUUCCAACAUCUAGAGAAAAGCCUUCCCAGAAGAGUGGAGGCUGUUAUAGCAGCAAUGGGGGGGCCAACUCCAUAUUAAUGCCCAUGAUUUUGGAAUGAAAUGUUCGACGAGCAGGUGUCCACAUACUUUUGGUCAUGUAGUGUAAUAGAAAGCCACAUGAUUAUUUGUAGUGGCAGUUUAUACCCAAAACAGACACUUUCGUUUGCCACAGACCACCUUCUCAGACAUAAGCUAAUGUUACCUUAUGUUCUCAGCUAACACUAAGCUAACGUUAGCUAACGAUCAAAAACUUUUCCCCUCUUUAAACACACCUCAGGCUCACACUAUAAAACACACAAAGUAUUUAAAAGAAAAAUAAAUAGUGUUUGAACCCAGGACUUAAUCACAUCUGGUUGAGUAAGAGUGUGAGAGUCAUUGUGUGUCCCAGUUGUUGGUGAGAUGGAAAGUCCCAAUGGGGAAUAUGUUGUUUUGCCUUAGGGCAGAGCACAUUACCUGAAUUAGCAUGGUUGAAGUAAUUGAACAGGGUUUGUAUAUGGUAGCCUAGGUCAUGUAAUCCACUUUCUAUAAAACCAUUUGCAAAAAAAUUUAAAUAGAGGGGCUCUCAAAUCAACCGUGUCCCAUAGGAAAAGUCUGCCUGUAUGUUGAAAUCAUGUUUAUUCAAUGCUAACAACAUGAGGGAAAUUACGAUGCAGAAAAAGGAGAGAGAGAGAGAGAGAGAGAGAGAGGAGAUGAGAGAGUGAGAGAGAGGAGAGGAUGAGAGAGAGAGAGACGAGAGAGAGCAGGAGAGAGUAGCAGAGGCGAGAGACCGAGCGCGAGGAGCGAGGAGACGCGAGAGAUGAGAGAGAGAGAGCUCGCGGAGAUGCAGAGAGAGAGAAGAUGUAUCGAUCUCACCGCGCCUCUUCAGAGAGGAGGAAGAGGAGAGGUAUCACUUGAGUAGAUUCAGAGAGGAGAAGAAUACACGAUUCCCCUUGUUGCCUCUGCUUACCCAGAGAAGAGCACCUCACAGUUCUGAGACGCAGGCAGCAGAGAGGACACUGGAACACCUUAGUGCCUGGCAGACAGAGAGAGCCAACCUGACAGGACCCUGCUAGCUACCAACACCAGACCAGGGGUUAGAUCAAUUAAACAAUGUUGUGUGUGACUCAAGAGGGUCUAGACUAUAGAGCCAGCUUUGUAACUGAGUCACUGCAACCUAAAGAGCCAUAUUAGUGGGUGUAAUUAGGCAGAAUGUUAGCUGUAUGUCACUGCACUGAGGCUAUUUUUCCAAUUAGGGAGCUGAAGCAAUGCAAUCAUACUGAAUAUCUUGGGCAACCUUCAUUCCAGCCUGUAGACGAGCCGCUGUGCCUGGUUUCGUCGUGGAGCACCCAGCAGGUGUGCCAGUGGCUGAAGGGGUUGAACAUGGAGCAGUACAUCCCAGAGUUCACUGCCAGGGACAUCGACGGGGAGCAGCUCCUCCUGAUGGACGGCACCAAGCUCAAGGUGAGAGGAUGGUUCAGGGAACGAGAGGGGAGGAGAGGAGUGGGGAGGAUAGAAGGAAGUGGGAGAGGAAAGGAGGGGGAGAUGAGGGUAAAUGAGAAGAGAGGAGAGGAGAGCAGAGGAGAGGAGAGGAGAGGAGAGGAGAGGAGAGGA